AUGGAACCAGAAAGAAGAAUUACACGAGGGAUGAGUAGGGAUGGAGACAGGAUGGAGGAGAACGAGAGGAGAGCAUUGGAGGAGCUUAGCAGAGCAAUGGGGCAGGACCUUGGAGUGGAGGAUAGUGUGGGGGGAUCAAUUCAAGGAGAUGAGUUCGUUCCACCGGUGCCUUCUAACCCUCCUUCUCCUCCGUCUAAUGCUCUCCCACCUGCGGGAUCCCCACUUGGAUCAGACCAAACCCCACGCCCAAGAGAAAACACUGGAAGUACGGCGAACUUGGGAGAAGAAGGAACACAAGGAGUGGUGUUGGCCUUGAUGCAGAUGGUGGCGAAUAUGAACAAAGACAUGAUGGAGGAGAGAAGGCGUAGGGAGGAAUGGGAACAGAGAAGAGAAAGGGAUACAAGGACGGAGAAGAGAGAAGAGAAGAAAUGGGAAAAGGGGCAACCUUCGGCGCAGGGUGGUGUCCAGGCGGUGUCACGAACUACGUCGUGA